GGCCCCCCCGGGGCGCCCGGGGCUCCAGGGACGGUCGGCAGGAUGGGCUUCCCAGGCAAAGAUGGCAAGGACGGCAAGGAUGGGGAUAAAGGCGAGCACGGCGAUGAAGGUCCACAAGGCAGAACAGGAAACCCUGGCAAGCCAGGACCGAAGGGGAAAGCAGGAGCUGUCGGCAAGGCCGGCCCACGAGGGCCCAAGGGUUUAAAGGGUAAUCCUGGAAAAAACGGAGCACCAGGAAAGAAGGGACCCAAAGGGAACAAGGGUGAGACCGGGAUGCCAGGACCCUGCACCUGUAAUGGCAACAAAGCCAAAUCUGCCUUCUCUGUGGCUGUCUCAAAAAGCUACCCAAGGGAAAGGCUGCCCAUCAAAUUUGACAGGAUCCUGAUGAACGAGGGAGGACAUUACAAUGCUUCCAGUGGAAAAUUUGUAUGCAGCAUCCCAGGUAUUUACUACUUCACUUAUGAUAUCACUUUGGCCAACAAACAUUUGGCCAUUGGCUUGGUCCACAACGGGCAGUACCGGAUCAAGACUUUUGAUGCCAACACUGGGAACCAUGACGUUGCCUCUGGAUCAACCAUCCUUUCUCUGAAGCAGGAGGAUGAGGUAUGGCUGCAGAUCUUUUACUCAGAACAAAAUGGGCUCUUUUAUGAUCCCUACUGGACAGACAGCUUAUUUACUGGCUUCCUGAUAUACCCUGAUCAAGAUUAUCUCAAUGAAAUAUAG